AUGGGAGGUAAUUAUUCAGCAAUGGAUCCAAUGGACGUGCCUGUGCCUGAUAUUGAAAAAUUAUUUGAACGAGAUGGGUAUUUGAAGCCAUACGAAAGAGAAAUACGUAGAAGAUAUGGCUGCUUCAAAGACAUUUGGGAUAGGAUGAACUCAUGGGAUGGUGGAUUACAAGGAUUCACAUCAGCUUACAAAUACUAUGGUCCUCAAUUUGGCGCUGAUGGGUCUGUCACUUGGAGGGAAUGGGCACCCGGUGCUCAUUCAAUACAUCUUCAGGGAGAUUUUAAUGGUUGGAACACCAAAAGUCAUCCAUUUAAAAAGUUAGAAUAUGGCAAAUGGGAACUGUAUAUUCCACCAAAUGCAGAUGGCAGCUGUUCCCUACACCAUCAGAGCCGUGUACAAAUUAUUGUUAAUGAUAAUUUGUACCGUGUAUCUCCCUGGGCAAGCUAUGUGAAACCAUUUGAGGGGUUCACAUAUCAACAGUUUAUUUACCGGCCAAAUAAUCCAUACAAAUUCAAACAUCCGAAAGUUCCUAGGCCAGCCUCUCUUCGUAUAUAUGAGUGCCACGUUGGUAUUGCCACUCCGGAAGGAAGAGUUGGGACAUACACUGAAUUUAAGGAUAAUGUUCUGCAACGGAUCAAAAAUCUUGGGUAUAAUGCUAUCCAGUUAAUGGCAAUAAUGGAGCAUGCCUAUUAUGCAUCCUUUGGAUAUCAAGUUACCAGCUUUUUUGCUGCAAGCAGUCGUUAUGGUACCCCCUGCGAACUAAAAGAACUAAUUGACCGAGCACACGAAAUGGGAAUAUACGUAUUAUUAGACGUAGUACAUUCGCACGCGUCCAAAAACACGUUAGAUGGUCUCAAUGAGUUCGAUGGCACCACGGCAUGCUUCUUCCACGAUGGUCCCAGAGGAACACAUUCCUUGUGGGAUAGUCGACUUUUUAAUUAUUCAGAAACUGAAGUUCUAAGAUUCUUAUUGUCGAAUCUCCGAUGGUAUCAAGAAGAAUAUCAGUUUGACGGAUUCAGGUUUGAUGGUGUAACAUCAAUGUUGUACCACAGCCGUGGUAUCGGCGAAGGCUUUUCGGGACAUUACGACGAAUAUUACGGCCUUAAUGUAGAUACAGAAGCACUCGUGUAUUUGAUGUUGGCUAACGAACUCGUCCAUGGCAUAGACAAUAGAGCUAUUACUAUUGCUGAGGAUGUAUCAGGAAUGCCAGCAACGGGUCGGCCAGUGAAGGAAGGUGGUACAGGCUUCGAUUACCGUCUAGGCAUGGCCAUCCCCGAUAUGUGGAUAAAGCUGCUAAAAGAAGAGAAGGAUGAAAACUGGAAAAUGGGACAUAUUAUUCAUACUCUCACUAAUCGAAGGUGGAUGGAGGGCACCGUGGCAUAUGCUGAAAGCCACGAUCAGGCCCUUGUUGGCGAUAAGACAAUCGCAUUUUGGCUUAUGGACAAAGAUAUGUACUCCCACAUGAGUACGCUGAGUGAUCCUAAUCCAGUGAUAGAGCGAGGACUUGCCUUACACUGUAUGAUAAGACUUAUCACACACGCUUUGGGCGGGGAGGCGUACCUAAAUUUUAUCGGUAACGAAUUCGGUCACCCCGAAUGGUUGGAUUUCCCUCGAGCGGGCAACAAUUCGUCAUAUCACUACGCACGAAGACAGUGGCCGUUAGUUGACAAUGAAUUACUCAAAUAUAAAUACCUGAAUAAUUUUGAUAGGGACAUGCAAAUGCUUGAAGAGAAAUAUGGGUGGUUGAGGUCGAAUCCGGCUUAUGUUUCUUGCAAGCACGAAGGCGAUAAGGUGGUAGCGUUCGAGCGAGCUGGAUUGCUAUUUGUCUUCAACUUCCAUCCUUCACAAAGUUUCACAGAUUACAGAGUCGGGGUGGAUGUGCCCGGGAAAUACCAGGCGGUGUUAUGCUCUGAUAGUAAGAAAUAUGGCGGCUUUGGUCGCGUAGAACCGGACGGCGAGUUUCAUUUCACCUUAAAUAGUGGAUGGGGUAAUAGGAGAGACUCGGUUCAGGUAUAUAUUCCAUGCCGUACAGCAAUUGUUUAUGCCAAGUGUGAUUGA